AGGUAUGACCGGAUACUGCUAGAAUGUGCCUUGAUUGAUCCGCACCAGGAAUGGCUCGGGACAGCACGGAGACUCGCUUCCUGGAGGUGCUGGACCGGUUCGGGGGACCGCAACAUGUCCAGCUAGUGGGAGAACUGUGGGACCGGGCGGAGAGCCGGGCUUUGCUGGAGGGAUUUCUGUGGGAGCUUUUCCCGGCUGAGCUUCCCCUGGGAGCGGACAUACUGAAGAGUGAAGCGGCUCAGCAGGGCGGCCGUGAUGACAAUGUUUCCCGGUGUAGAGGGAGCCCGGGGCACACCGCUGAUAGGAAUGCACCCCAGGGAAAGGAGAGCUCCGGGCACGGUGGUGUCGACAAUGUUCCCCGGGGUAAGGGGAGCUCGGACCAGCGUACUCCAUCCCCCCAGUCUAAACCGGAUCGGACUUUAAACUUUGGACUGGUGUUCUUCUUGUGCCGCCCUAAAUCUUUACAGGUUCGAGGGACGAGUCGUCAGCUGCGGGAGAUCCUGCGGGAUGUUCGGGAACGGAUGCCGGGAGGGGGCGCUGUGAUCGGGGUGAUAAUGAAGCCGGUCAGCACUGAGAAGAGCGGUGACAGCGGGCAGGAGAUGGAGGUGAUGUGUGAGGACGAUGGUGGUGGCGGCUCUGAGGCUGCUGUCUCUGCUCUCCUGACCAUGCUGCAGUCGGUGUUCCCGGUGAAGAGUCGGGGCAGACUGUGUUCAGAGGUCCGAGCCUCUGCCCUGAUCCCCGGACAGGAGGAGACCAGGAGGGACAUCCAGAGACUGGCCUGCGAGGCGCUCACAGCAGCAGAUGAGCUGAGGAGACUCAAACCCAAAAUGAAGUCACGCUGUUUCUUAUGGAGGAGGAGGAGAUGGAAGGACCACGUGGAGAAGGAGUCCAUUCAAGAAGGAACACCUUUGGCUGUGUUGCAGUAUCCCAAUGGAGCUUGUGCUGAGAGGACUACUGAUGCCUAGUAUCUGCCAGUGAUGUCCAUUUUCUCAGAGAUUAGGACUUCUAAAGGAU